AAAAUCAUUAGUUUAAAAAGAUGAGCAAUAGUAAUCACUUUACUUAUUUAGUUUUAGGUGCAGGUUCAGGUGGUAUUGCAUCAGCAAGAAGAGCAGCAAAACAUUUAAAUGCCAGAGGUAAAGGUGAUCGUAUUGGUGUUGUCGAAGUAACACGUACAGGUGGUACAUGUGUCAAUGUUGGAUGUGUACCAAAAAAAGUUAUGUGGAAUACAGCAUUUAUUAAAGAAAUGAUUAAUGCAUCACCAUCAUAUGGUUUUAAAUUUGGCGGUGAAGUUAAGUUUGAAUGGCCAAUUAUUAAAAAAGCAAGAGAUGAUUAUAUUAAACGUUUAAAUGGUAUUUAUGAUAACAAUUUAGCUAAAGAUGGUAUUGUCAAACUCAGUGGUUAUGGUAAAUUCGUAGGACCAAAAGAAAUUCAAGUAAGCGGUGGUGAAAAGUAUACAGCCGAUCAUAUUUUAAUCGCAACUGGUGGAAAACCAAACGUCCCAGAUGUUCCAGGUAAAGAGUUGGGUAUAACCUCUGAUGGUUUCUUUGAAUUGGAAGAUUUACCAAAAUCAACUUUAGUUGUCGGUGCCGGUUAUAUUGCAGUUGAAUUAGCUGGUGUUUUACAUACAUUAGGCUCUGAAACUACCAUGGCUAUCCGUAACGAACAAUUUUUACGUACCUUUGACGACAUGUUACAUCAUACUUUACUCACUCAAAUGGAAAAUGAUGGCGUUAAAUUUGUCAAAAACUCAUCUAUUAUUUCAUUAGAAAAGAAUGCCGAUGGAAAAAUCGUUGCUACCACAAACAACAAUGUCAAGUUACCACCAGUUGAAUGUGUUAUCUGGGCUAUUGGUAGAGAUCCAAACUCUCUUGAUAUUGGUUUAGAUAAAGCAGGUAUUCAAGUAGACAAAAACAAUUUUAUCAAGGUUGAUGAAUUCCAAAAUACAACUGCUCCAGGUGUUUAUGCUGUAGGUGAUGUUUGUGGUAAAUUACUCUUAACCCCAGUAGCCAUUGCUGCAGGUCGUCGUCUUAGUGAACGUCUCUUCAAUGCCAAAGAUGGUUUGAAAUUCGAAUAUGAAAAUGUUGCAACCGUCAUUUUCUCACAUCCACCAAUUGGCACUGUUGGUUUAACCGAAAAAGAAGCAGUCGAGAAAUAUGGUAAAGAAAAUAUUAAAUGCUAUAACUCAACUUUUGUAAAUAUGUUUUAUUCUGUUCAAUCCCAUAAAGUCAAAACCAGUAUGAAAUUAGUUUGUCAAGGUGAAAAUGAAAAAGUUGUUGGUAUUCAUAUCAUUGGUGAUAGCAGCGAUGAAAUUAUUCAAGGCUUUGCUGUAGCUGUUAAAAUGGGUGCUACCAAAUCAGAUUUAGACAACACCUGUGCUAUCCAUCCAACUGCUGGUGAAGAGCUUGUAACAAUGGUAUAAAAUAUUUUAUCAAAUUAAAUAAAUUAAAUAAAUUGUAAAUAUUAUUUUAUAAACUCAUUAAAUUAUGGAGAUUCUUUUAUU